AUGUCCCCAUACACCAAGCCCACUCGUCCUCUGACCUGGCUGAUAACAGGUUGCUCCUCCGGCCUAGGCCUUGAGCUUACACGCAUAGUUCAAGCUCACGGAGAUAUCGUGAUCGCCACCUCGCGCCAACCCUCUCGAACACCCGAUCUGGUUGAAGAGGUCAAGAACAACGGUGGAGAAUGGCAUGAACUGGAUGUGGAUGAUCCAAGUGCCCCCGUGUCGCUAAUGAGAACUCUCGAGUCAAAUGGACAUCAUGUUGAUGUUCUUGUCAACAAUGCUGGCGUAAUCACCUUCGGUGUCCUGGAGCAACUUGCAGACGGGGACCUGCUCGGCCAGAUGGAAACGCUCUACUUUGGUCCACAGCGACUCAUUCGUGCUGUGCUUCCAGGUAUGCGACAGCGUCGAGCUGGAAUAAUCGUGAACAUCAGCUCUGGAGCUGCCUUGGAUGGAUAUGAUGGUAUGGGCGCUUAUGCUGCGGCAAAGGCUGCACUGGAUACUUCGACACGAGUGCUAGCCAAGGAGGUUGCUCCUUUCAAUAUCCGCCCUUUGACAGUGUGGAUAGGUACCUUGAACACGAAUAUUGGGAAUGCCUCGACGAUUGCGCAGGGUCCGCUUCCUGACGAUUAUCGUGGCUCGGCUGCCGCGCAAAUGAUGCAAAUGUUUGGAAUGGGGAAAUUUCCUGCGAAUAGUGACAAGGAGAAAGCUGCAAAGGCAAUUUACGAGAUCGUUGUGGGGGAAGGCGCUGGUGCUGGGCAUGAGCAGGAGCGGUUCCUAGCGCUAGGCCGUGAUAUGCUUUCGCGGCUUGAGUUGGUGCGUGAUCAACACGCACAUACUUUGGAGGUGUUUGGGGAGGUCUGCGGUAGCGUUCACUUGGACCCGCAGUAG